CGUGGAGCUAUUAGGGGCAGAAAGCGAAUCACGAUAGCUUCGAAAGGUCGUUUUUUUUCGACAAUCCGCCGCCCGAUUGACUUUCGUGGGAGCUUCCACAGCGUCCCAAAAACCUCCCUUCGCUUAUCCGAUGAAGCUAAUACCGCUGCAGCAGCCCCUCCGGGCAGUGGCUGCUGCCGGCGGCUUUCGGCCAGCCGCGACGGCCGCCUUCACAUUCUCCAGGGCACAGCGAAGACCGGAGCUGUUAUUAUGCGCGCGCCAGAACCUUGAGGACAGCAGCAGGCUUGUGGAGGGUCGUCGUACUGCCGCUGUCAAGUCGGCCGGUGCCUACCGGAUUCCGAACAAGAAGACGCUCAUGAAGAAGAUGGGCGCCAAGAAGAGUGGUGACCAAUAUGUAAUUCCAGGCAACAUCAUCUUCAAGCAACGCGGCACAAUAUGGCACCCGGGCGAGAACGUCAUCAUGGGCCGCGACCACACGAUCCACGCCGCCGUGACGGGCUACGUGAAAUUCUACCGGGACCCCGAGCUUCACCCGCACCGGCAGUUCAUCGGCGUCGCCUUCAACCGCGACGACACGCUCCCGUACCCAAAGCACGGCGUGCGCCGCCGCAAGCUCAACAUGGUGGCCGUGAAGCGCAAGGAGCCCACGCCGAGGGUCGAAGUCAGCCCCAGCGGCCUCCCGACGCGCGUCAUCCGCAGGUUGGGCCAGGAGCCCACGCCCGAGGAGAUUGCCGAGCCCGGCAAGGGCAAGCGCCCUCUGCAAAAGGUACAGCACAACAUCCGCGUCCUGCGUGAGAACCGCAUCCUGCUGCUGCACGACGACUACAGCUACCGCGAGUCCAACGUCGCCAUCGGUCGCCUCAUGGGUCGCUGGAAGGGCAAGACGCCCGGCUCCGUCCGCGCCGGAAGCAAGAAGGCCGUCUACCGCGCCAAGUACCGCGAGAGCCUCAAGCGCAAGGAGGUCUUUAGGCUCAUGCGCGAGGAGGACGCAAAGAAGAAAAAGGAGGCCGAGGAGAGGGCCAAGAAGGCCGCCGCCGAUCUCGAGGCAAAGAAGGCCGCUGCGGCGAAGAAGGCCGCCGAGGCCAUGGAGAGGGCCAAGCAGCGCGAGGCCGAGGCCCUCGCCAAGAGCAAGGCCAAGGAGGCCGAAGAGAAGAAGGCAUCAAAGUCUUGAUCGAGGAACCCUGGCAGGAACUUUUGCGUGUGGGGGGUUGCCACUUCUCUUGUAUUAAUUUUAUGUCUGUUCGACCUCUGUACAACAAUACACUCGAAGAUGCAUCUGAGUCUGGUUUCUCUUGUUUUUUUUUUCCUUUAUGGCCGUCUAGAUUAUUAUUGUUAGCCUUUUUUGCUGUAUAGGUAUGGAGCUGUGCAUUCGGGAAAAUAUGAUGCUGAAAAGAGUAUUUACGAUUUUCUACAAUGGCGGAACUCCGUUUCAAUUACGGAAGAUUUUUUUUCACGCAUUUAUGGCCGCUUAUCAUUAUAUAUGGCACAUUGAAUGCCCUGCUACGCUCUAUACAGCUGGCUCAUGGUUCAUGCAUUGUGUAAAU